CGCAUGGACGACCACCUGAGCCUCCUGCAAUCACCCCCGCCGAGCGUGAGCAAAACUCGCGGCGACAACCUGGUGAACCACGGAUACACUGAGUCGGAAGCCGACGUCAUGACCGUCGCGGCGUGUGACAACAUGCUGGAGGAGUCAGCGGCUCUCCCCGGCCACCACUCGCUGGAUCGAUACGAACCGGACCACGAGUGUUGUGAGAGGGUGGUCGUCAAUAUAUCUGGUUUGCGCUUUGAAACGCAGCUCAAGACUCUCUCGCAGUUCCCAGAGACCCUGCUGGGGGAUCCCAAGAAGAGGAUGAGGUACUUUGAUCCCCUCAGGAAUGAAUACUUCUUCGAUCGGAAUCGACCCAGUUUUGAUGCCAUUCUUUAUUACUACCAGUCAGGCGGGCGCAUCAGGAGACCCGUCAACGUCCCCAUUGAUAUAUUUUCGGAGGAGAUACGCUUCUAUGAGCUGGGUGAGGAAGCCAUGGAGAAGUUCAGAGAGGAUGAGGGCUUCAUCAAGGAGGAGGAGAGACCCUUGCCAGAGAAUGAGUUCCAGAGACAGGUGUGGUUGCUUUUUGAGUACCCGGAGAGCUCGGGACCAGCUCGGGGCAUCGCGAUAGUCUCCGUCCUGGUCAUUCUCAUCUCCAUUGUCAUCUUCUGCCUGGAGACGCUGCCUGAAUUCAAGGACGAGAACCGGGACGUGAUCCCUAUCGCGCCGGUAAUUAAUGGCACCCUCCCUUAUUUCGUCAGCCCCUUCUCAGACCCCUUCUUCGUGGUGGAGACCUUGUGUAUCAUCUGGUUCUCCUUCGAGCUUCUUGUGCGGUUCUUUGCGUGUCCAAGCAAAGCCACCUUCUCCAAGAACAUCAUGAACAUCAUUGACAUUGUGGCCAUCAUACCAUACUUUAUCACUUUGGGAACGGAGCUGGCGGAGAGGCAAGGGAACGGACAGCAGGCCAUGUCGUUGGCCAUCCUGCGUGUCAUUCGCCUUGUGCGUGUCUUUCGCAUUUUCAAACUCUCGCGCCAUUCCAAAGGCCUGCAAAUUCUGGGUCAGACCCUCAAGGCCAGCAUGCGAGAACUGGGCUUGCUCAUCUUCUUCCUCUUCAUCGGCGUCAUCCUUUUCUCCAGCGCCGUCUACUUCGCCGAGGCCGACGACCCCGACUCGGGAUUCAACAGCAUCCCGGAUGCCUUCUGGUGGGCCGUGGUCACCAUGACCACCGUCGGCUAUGGGGACAUGCAUCCCGUUACCAUAGGGGGAAAGAUUGUGGGCUCUCUGUGUGCCAUCGCUGGCGUGUUGACCAUCGCGCUGCCCGUGCCGGUCAUCGUGUCCAAUUUCAACUACUUCUACCACAGGGAAACCGAAGGUGAGGAGCAGGCACAGUACCUGCACGUGGGCAGCUGUCAGCCUCUGGCAGAGCCCGAAGAGCUGAGGAAGACACGCUCAUCAUCCUCACUCAGCAAGAGUGAGUACAUGGUGAUAGAGGAGCAUGGCAUCAACAGCGCCUUCAAGCAGCAGCCAAACUUUCCCACUAGUGCGCAGAAUAACUCACAGAACUGCAUCAACAUCAACAAGAAGAUCUUCACCGACGUGUAG